AAAGUUAAAUCAGAGAAGGUAAAACCCUCUCUUCCGAAUUUCUCACGUAAUGAUUAUGGGUAUCUUUUUGAAGAACCUUCAGAAAGUGAAAGUGAUGAAACCGUGUGGGAUGACAAUAUCUUCUUCAAAAGAGACGGGUGGAACAGUGAGGAUACAGAGGCUGCAGGGCCAUCAAGUACUGUCUCCUCUGUGCUCCCUGUUCAACAUCAUGAAUAUAGUGACCCAAAUGAGAAAACAACGUUAUGGCAUGAUUCAAACAAAGGAACAGUAUCACUUUUGCUAUGAAAUUGUGCUCCAAGUUCUUCAGAAACUCCUGACUUUGGAAUAA